AUGUGCAAUCCUAUCAUUAUAUCUAUGAUUGAUCAAAAACCACCUUCAUCACAAGAAUCCCAUAUGUAUCUUGAUCUAUCAUUAUCACAAACUACCUUAGAAAACCAAGAAAAUCCCAAAGAGGUGCAAGAAAAAACUCCAAAUUACUUGUUCUUUCUCCCAUCAAGAAUCCUCCAUGAAACUAGAGCUCUUUUCAACCUUGCUUUCCCUAUAGCACUCACUGCCUUGAUUCUCUAUUGUCGUUCAAUUCUUUCAAUGCUUUUUCUUGGACAUCUUGGUGAUACAGAACUAGCUGCUGGUUCUUUAGCUAUUGCAUUUGCUAAUAUAACAGGUUAUUCAGUACUCUCUGGUUUAGCUCUUGGAAUGGAACCUCUUUGUUCUCAAGCUUUUGGUGCUCAACGUCCUAAACUCCUCUCUUUAACUUUACAAAGGUCUGUUAUUUUCCUUCUUUCUUGUUCUUUACCCAUCACAUUCCUUUGGCUCAAUAUUUCACACAUUCUUCUUUAUUUAAAUCAAGAACCCAAUAUCACCUUUUUGGCUCAUACCUAUCUUAUAUUUUCACUUCCCGACCUUAUCACUAAUUCUUUUAUUCAUCCCAUUCGUGUAUACCUUCGGGCUCAAGGUAUUACAUAUCCACUCACAUUGGCUUCUUUAGUCGGAACCAUUCUACAUUUACCUAUCAAUUAUUUGUUCGUUUUUCGGCUUCGGCUUGGCGUGGCUGGCGUUGCGGCUGCUUCGGCUACAUCUAAUGUGGCUGCACUCGUCACCCUUAUUAUGUAUAUAAAAAUUAGUGGCUUACAUAAGCCAACUUGGACGAACCCGAGCUUCAAAUGCUUGAGCGGCUGGAAGCCGCUUAUUCGACUAGCCGCGCCGAGUUGUGUUUCUGUUUGCCUAGAGUGGUGGUGGUAUGAGAUCAUGAUAAUUUUGUGUGGAUUAUUAGUGGACCCUAAGGCUACUGUUGCAUCAAUGGGUGUGUUGAUCCAAACGACAUCGUUACUAUAUAUAUUCCCUUCUUCUCUCGGGUUUGCGGUGUCGACUCGGGUCGGUAAUGAGCUUGGAGCAAGCCAGCCCGAUAGGGCCCGAGUAUCAGCCAUAGCAUCUAUGUGCUUAGCGGGCCUAAUGGGCUUAUUAGCGAUGAUAUUUGCAACGUCAAUGAGGAAUUUAUGGGCUAAAAUGUUUACAGCCGAUGUCAAUAUUUUACGAUUGACAUCGGCUGCAUUGCCAAUUUUGGGGUUGUGCGAGAUCGGGAACUGCCCACAAACCGUCGGCUGCGGGGUGGUUCGUGGUACGGCCCGGCCCUCCACCGCAGCUAAUGUGAAUCUUGGAGCAUUUUAUUUUGUGGGUAUGCCAGUGGCUGUUGGGCUUUGUUUUCGGUUAGGUUUGGGCUUUGUUGGGCUUUGGAUUGGAUUACUCACGGCCCAAGUUUGUUGUGCUGGACUGAUGUUGUAUGUGGUAGGGACCACAAACUGGGAUUAUGAAGCAACGAGAGCACAGGUGCUCACGUGCACAGGAUGUGGAGAAACUACGCUACUUGGUGAUUGUGACAACGAAGAGGAGCCGUUGAUUUGCGUGAGAGUGGCCUCAUCAUGA